AUGAGCUCCAGGUCACUAGAGAAGAUAUCAGGAAUAGAUGAAAACCUUUGUGUAUUAAGUGAAGAAGUAAGGAAUCUAGAAAACGAGAUUAGAAAAAAAAAUCAGCUAAACGAGAAUAACACUGCAGUAAGUAUCAAUACUAUAUAUAAGGAUAUGAUGGAUAAAAGUAGCUAUGAAAGUAAUGCAGACCCAGUAUCAAAUGUAACAUGCUCCAAGAUACAUCUAAAUGAAUAUGGAGGUAUUAAAUCUGAUGAAUUAAUAAUGAAUGUAAAUCAGGUAAAUAAUCAACAAUAUGAAAUUCAGCAAACUGAUAAUAAUUCUUGUGUAAAUAAAUUAUUUAAUGAUAAUUAUUUAAACAAAUCUUGUGUAGAUCAAAAUAUCCCUAACUAUGUUAUAGAAUUUACCGAGGCUAGAGAAAUAAAUAGACCUGAGAUAAAUAAAUCUACUCCACAGAGAAUUCUGGAUCCAAUUCAUUCUAAAAACAUCUUAUAUUCUACUCCAGUAACUAAAACAAAUAUAGGCAACUCACCUUAUAAAGGAUGUUUUCAAUCUCCAUAUUAUCAAACUAUUUCCGAUAUGAGAUAUAAUAGUCAAAUAGUUACUCCUAUAACAGCAAAUAUUCCAUUUAAUCAAGUAAAUAUGAUAUACUACCAACCAAACUAUCUAGCAUUGGGUAGUCCUAUACCUUAUGCAUAUUCUCCACCAGUAAAUUCAUGUCCACAAAUUUUAGGUAGCUCAAUGCAACCACCAACCAGCCUUAUUCCUCCUAAUUAUACAGAUAUUAAUCCUAUAUCUAUCAAUGGAGUUAAUUCUAUUCAAACUAGUUCUAUGACCCCUAUGAUAGCAACUCCCACAAUAAAUCCAAUUCCUAAUUUAAAUCCUACAACUACACCAGUUAUGCAAAACUCUGUAUCAGAUUCCAAAACUGCAAAAAAAAUCCCAAUUCUUCCUGCAGAGUCUCCUAUAUUAGCCCAAUAUUUAUUAACUGCAAUGGCAGAAGAAUGUAUUCAAAAAAAGAAAUCCUUUAAACAACCUUGUGAGGUUGAAAGAGUUCAUUGUUUUAAACCGGAACCAAAAAUUGAUUUCAAUAAUCCAGUCAGAUUCUCCUCAGAUAUCUUCAAGCGUAAAUGUAGAUUUCUAAAACAUAACAUGGGACAUUCUAAUAUUAACAAGGAUAAUGGUGAUAAAGUAGAAAACCAAAUUCCAAUCGAACAGACAGUUAGUCAACCUUCUCAGCCAUCUUCUCAGCCAUCCUCAUGUGUGACAUUUAAAGCCUCAAUACCAAUUAAUAUAAAACCAGAUGAUCCAUUUUCAGAUGCUAUAGGUAAAGUAAUAAGAUCAAAAAUAGAGACUUCUCAAUUUAAAAAUAAUCAAAUACUCUUUACAAACUCAACUCCCUGUGUAAUGCCUCCAAACAAUAUAGUUUAUGUAAAUACCACCAAUGGUCUAAGUACAAAUAUACAUAGCUAUUGA